AUGUCGACUCUCAAAGAGAUUCUUGCGCUCGAGCAAGUGGAGCCCAAUCGCUUCCAGGGCAAAUUCAACCCACCUCGCAUGGGAAAUGUCUUGCCAAUUGCUUUCGGAGGAUAUGCCAUCGGUGUGGCGACUCAAGCUGCUUGCUUUGAUAUUCCAGAAAACUUUAGACUGUACGCGAUCAAUGGCAACUUUUUGGGUCCGGCAUACACAGACCGACCUGUGGUCGUCAAUACAAAAGUAUAUCGCACUACAAAGACCUUUAUCACAAAGCUCGUUGAGAUCCUGCAGAAGCAAGAUGAUGGCAAGGAUAGAGUAUGUCUGGUAGCUUUGGCAGACUUCCAUGUAGUAGAGUCUGAGUCCUUUAUGGUAUACUCCGCACCGCCAAGCAUGAAGUACUCUUCAGUCGAAGAGUCCUGGACGCCAGCAGACCGCAAGAAAACCAUGGUGAAGGAGAAGAUCUUGACGCAAGCCGAAGUGGACACACACGACAAGAUUUUCAGUCUGAUGGGCAACUUGAUCGACAUGCGAUUUACGCCCCAAAGCAUUCACGGACAGACUUUGCAGGGCUUUGCAAAAGGAUACAAGACCACGCAAGAGCAUCUUUCUCUUACCGAACGCUCAUCGUCAGACUGGCUCCGUGUGCGCGAAAAGGUCACCACUCACUCUGAGAACGUCACUGAUCUGGCUUUCCUACUGGACGCAAGCAUCUCCUUCACACCGCUUGUACUGCAAAGCAUGCCAUUGACCGAGUCUGGAGCUUGCUCGACUUUGGAUUUCUCGCUCAGAUUUUUGACGCCGGAGAUUAAUGCCAAUGAUUUCCAUCUGCGUGAAUGGAAGACAUAUGCUGGCGAUGCUGCGAGAACAUUUUCGGAAGCAAGACUUUGGGAUAGCAAGGGCAAGAUGGUUGCGAGCAUGACUCAGACUUGCAUCCUGAGACCUCCUCCUAAGAAGGCGGCGGCGAAGAAGUCGAAGCUCUAG